ACACCGAACAAGGGUUGUUCAAUAACAUGUUCAAAUCUUGCCCCGGUACAUGUCCAGGCAAAUGGCCAUGUAUGUAUGUAGUGAUGGGCGAAACUACUAAAAUUCAUGAAUCUUUAAAAGCCCUAAUUCUGAAUGCAAACACAUAGCCUUCCCUCCUCCUCAAGCAGAUCUGGAUUAGUUUGUGUUUCGUACAUGGAAGAGAAGAAUGGAUGAUGAAAACAUGACUUCUCCAAACCUGCAGGAAAUGAUACUAGAGUAUGCCUGGACUCACAAGAUGAAGGAUUUACAAGAAGUUGUGGACACUUCUUUAUGGAUGGAAGCCAAACAGCAAUAUUAUUCCCUAAAAGAACCAUGGAGGCUACGAGUAGCUACAGCCCAGGCAUACUCCAUCAUAAAGAACAGGGACGUCGGACGUUAUGAAAGGGUGAUUUCCUUUUUGGAGGCAUCGUACAGACUUCUACCCACACUUGUGGUCGCCAUCAAACACAUGAAGAUCAUGUUUGGACUGAAGACAUUGGUAAUUAUGUGGAUGCUUAAACAAGGCCAAGGCAUUGUUCCUAUCGUUGUUAAAAUCCUCCAGUUCUUUCCCAGCAAACUACCUCAAUACCAAGAUCACUGUAGCAAUAAAGAGAUAUUUUUAAUGCAAAAAAAUCAUCUGGACUUCAGGCUCUUCGCUCAAAGUCUUGCAUUGGACAAGAUGAAACUCGAGGAUUACAUUAAGAAUGAGCUGGAGGAGCAGUACGGUGAACAUUAUACCCAGAAAGUAGAGGACAGACUUCUGCACUAUGUACAUGAAUUGGAGAUGAUGUUACCAAGAGAUACCUAUAUUGACCAGAUCUUACGGCAAGAGCAUAAAGUGAGCCAUGAACACAAGGAAAUUUUGGAGAUUAUAGCUCAAGGCUCCACGGCCAUCGCAAGUUCCCUGAGGAUGCUACUGCAAUGGGGUGACAAAAGCUGUUGUCCUCUGAAAUUCUCCUCGAAACCAGCAGUGGACCCUGUUGCUCUCCCAGAGCCUGCCGUGAACCACAUCUCUUUCGGCGCUCCUCCAAGAUCGGAGACGGCCAAAGCUCCCGUAAUGGCCCGGGAAGACGCAUUGUGCCGACACCUUUCCCAGGACAGCCCUCUUCUGUUUCCUAUGGAGCAGCAGGAGAGCAGUGGCGGUGUGGGAGACGGUGAGGUCGGAUGUCCCCAACCAAAAGAGGGGUUGGCGAGGGAAGCUGGGGACGGAGAGGCAGUGAUGAAGGCUGAUGGUGGGCGCGAUGAGAGGGGACCGGCCCUCCCCACGGAUCAGCCGGCGGAGGAAGGUGGUCCCCAAAGAGGUGAGGAAGCUGAAGGGGGGGACCACGAGGAUGUGCAGCUCAGCCAGAGAAGCGAUGACUCUGAACGCGUGUCCUCCUCUUCCUCAUCUUCCUCCUCUUUGCCACAUUUCUGCACCAAACACAAGCGAUGGGUGAGGAGCAUCCUGUCUGAGUGCUCCAAAGAGCGGCAGGCACAAAGAGACGUGCCUCCCUCCCCUCUGCUCUUCCCUUCCUCUUCCUCCUCUUCGUCUCAGGACCUCACCCCCUCCGACCUCAUCCCAUGCGACCUGAUCCAAAAGCCCCCCAACCGUCAGACCCCCUGCCUCUCUCCGGCAACCGCCCAGGGGCCCGGUCCGACCCUGUCCAUGCAUAACCCCUGCCCCACACGGUCUGUACAGCCGCUCUGCCCCCCCGGGGUCCGCCCAGGGUCCGCCAGAGCAGGGGCCACAAACACCUCCCAUCACAUGGCCCCAUCUACAACCCCUUGCACCCCCGUCCCUGAAUGUUCGGCAAGCCAUGAAGCAGCUGCUUCCAGCCCACCAAAACCUGAGGCUCCAUCGUACUCUUCAGGCGGGAAGCACAGGCUGACUGUAGGCCUAUCACCAGACGGGGCUCCAUCACAAUUUGCCCCUUCCAUUUCACCAGACGCGGUUAAACCACAAUUGGCCCCUGCCGUUGCACUCCCCCUGUCAGAGCAAUACCAGCCGGCCCUCGCCUCGACACUGCCUGCACACUGCCAGCAAACUGUAUCUGGUAGCGACUCGCCCUCUGCCCGCAGCCUAACACCUGGCCACACAGCGGCCCCCUCACCAGGGCCUUCGAGAUGCGUGGCCGCUCCUGAAAGAGGGCGCCACCUGUCAGGAUCUCCUACACAGACCCCCGCCUCGCUUCACCAUGCUCCUCCAGCCUCGUCCAAGGACUCUUCUGACGUCUCGGCCCUGCCUCCGAGCUCCAACCUGCACUCCGUGCCUCUGACCUCGACCUGCGCCGCAAGAGGGACUCCAUGCACUGAACUUCCCCCCGGCUCGAGACCUGCGCUCGCCGCCGCUGUCUCCACGGUGAGUGACGGACCCCCCCCGAGCGCUUCAGCUCAGGUCCCCCGGGCACCGACGCAGUCCCUGCCACAGCCUUAUGUGAGACUCACCAGGCUGCACCCGCUCAGGUACCUCCGGGAGAAGGGGGGGAGAGCUCCUCCAAGCACUGAGACACCGCUUGUUGAGAAGCAGGCCUUGGGUGAUCCUCACGACGAAGGUAGAGGUGAGGAAGAGGAGGAGGAAGAGGAGGAGGAAGAGGAGGAGGAGGAGGAAGAGGAGGAGGAGGAGGAGGAGGAGGGAGAAGGAGGAGUCAAGUUUCUGUACUUCGAUCCUAACCUUCUCUACUCCGGUGAUGAGUCUUCAUGCAGUGACUCUGGGGCUUCUGAGGACCGGGAUUACAUGCCCUCAAGGAGUCACAAGAAGAAACAAGUGCCUAAUAUGUCACCCGAUAUGUAAUUACUCAAUGCCAACAUAAGGUGACCUAACCCUUAACCAACUCUUUUUGAGUUGUUUAUCUUAUUUAUAUAUAUAUAUAUAUAUAUAUAUAUAUAUAUAUAUAUAUAAAUUUGAGGGAGAAGUUUUAUUAUUGAGUGAGUAGUCCAAUCAGUGUCAGUGUGUAUGCGUGAGUGUGCAGUGGAUGGGGUGGAUUUCACCCAUUCGGUCAAAUUCCCCCCCACUCCUGUUUGCAUAGAUUUGCUUGUUGACUCAAAUCGAUUAGGAGCAGAAAAGUUGAAGGCAGGACACUAACCUGUAGACCUUUCUGAGAAUUUAGGGUUUUAAAAAAAAAAGUGUUGAUGUAUGUGUGAUGUUACCCCAAGACAUGAAUGAACGCAGUGUGUGUGGAAGUUGCUAUGAGUAUGAUUAGCUGUAGCCAAAUACAGGAUAAUGCGUAUAGAUUUCAGCCAUUUAUUAUUUUGUGUGCUCUAAACUUUUACCAAGAAUUGAAGGAAGUAUGUAUUGUAGGGAACUUUUUAUUUGGUAUUUAGCUUGGCGCUUAUGUGUAUGGAUACAUUGUUUAAUAGCUACAUUUAAAAAAACUAAGGAUUUUUAGAAACCAUCCCAAAGUUUUGAGAGGGGGUGGUACAAAGUUCUAAGGUUGGUUUACAUGGUACAUGUAUUUGUAUUUAUUUAUUCAGUUAGUUUGGGUUGCUUUCUGUUCUCAUCUGUAUAGGUGUUUUCUGUACAUUCCAACAAGGGGGAAAAACAAGAAAUACAAUUGUACAAAACAAAA